GAACAGCUGACCUUUCAAUGUUUUUAUUCCCUCACUCGCACAUGACAUUGUUUUUCGGAAGCAUUCAUUGUCAAUAUUUAGCGGAGAGAAAAUUCUUGUCGCUUACACAACAACAACGCCAGUAGCCAUAUAAAAAAUGGGUAAUGCUCCAGUAAAAGAAGUUGCCAAUAGCAGCACGGUGGAUGCGGCUCCUGCUGCCAAGCCAAAGUGCAAAGCUUGCUGUGCCUGUCCCGAAACCAAGAAAGUCAGAGAUCAGUGUAUUGUGGAGCGUGGCGAAUCUGAAUGUGGAGAUCUUAUUGAAGCUCAUAAAAAAUGCAUGAGGGAACAAGGAUUCAACAUAUAAGGAGCUUAACCUUAAUUAGAAAUUACUUUAAAUAUAAAAUAAUUAUUAACAUAACCAAAAAUGUCCCUUACUUUAGUGAGUAUGGCCCAAUCGCUCAUACAAAUCAGUUUCUCGAAAGCCAAAUUACAAUCUUUCGAAAUAUAGUCAUUAUGUUAUAAUUUUUGCGAAAGAACAAUUAAAGCUUAA